CAGCCUGAUGUCGCAGGAGAACCCGUGCGAGGAGGGCGCCUUUCCCCGCAGCCUCCACGUCCACAGUGACACCCAGGGUACCUCCCACCAGUGGCCUGUGGCCAUCUUGUCCUUCCAGGAGUUCGCUUACCACUUCCGAGUGGCCCUGCUGGGUCAGGCCAACUGCAGCUCGGAGGCGCCCCCCCAGCCCGUCACCGACUAUUACUUCCACUUCUAUCGCCUGUGUGACUGAGCCGGCCCCUGCCCGGGCCCCACACCAGGCAGAGCCCACCCCGAGGACCCGGGGCCCCUCGGGGGUCUUCUCUUCUCCCACACUGGAUGUGACCA